AUGGAAAACUUCCCAGAAGCCUACUCGGCGCGGGAGGCGGGGGGCUCCCUGCCCUGCCCGCUCUGUGCGGGGCGGCGGCGGCGCUGGGCCCGAUCCGUGCCGCGGGAGGAGAGCACGUCCCCCCGGUGGCGGUUGCUGGGGGGGGAGGCGGUGGCUCGUGGCAUUCUGGCUAUUGACAAGGCCAGGGAGCCCAUCACCAUAGUACUGGCAGAAGAUGGCACCAUCGUGGAUGAUGAAGACUACUUUUUGUGUUUGCCGUCUAACACCAAGUUUGUGGCACUGGCAAAGAAUGAGAAAUGGUCCAGCAAAACCUUAGACAGCGGAGAGGGCUGGCUCUCAGAGGCUGUGGAUGAAGUGGACAGUGCUGCAGAGAAGUGGAAGCAGCUGGCCAGGCAGCUGAAGGAUGACCUGUCUAAUAUCAUCUUGAUGUCUGAAGAUGACCUCCAGGUGCUGAUUGAUGUACCACGUUCAGACCUGGCAGAAGAACUCGCCCAAAGUCAAACCAAAAUCCAAGUAUUGCAGGAUACCCUGCAGCAGGUGCUGGACAGACGGGAAGAAGAACGUCAGUCAAGACAGCUGCUGGAACUCUACCUAGAGGCCUUGAAAAAUGAAGACAGUAUCUUAAGCAAAGUAGCAGAAUCUGAGACUGUACCAAGAAAGGAGAUGGAUGUGGUUGACACAGGUACCAGCAGUACAGGCACUUCAGCCAAAACAGCGCUCAGUGACCAGAUCCUUGCUGCUCUGAAAGAGAAACCUGCUCCAGAGCUCUGCUUGGACAGUCAAGAUCUAGAGCUGGUCUUGAAAGAAGACACACAAGCCCUGGCCUCGGCUCUAAGGUGGGACAAGCAGAAAGCUGAAGCUCUGCAGCAAGCCUGUGAUCAGGAGCUCUCCAAGCGUCUACAACAAGUGCAGACUUUGCAUUCCCUAAGGAGCACGUCGAAGGGCAAGAAAACACUACCCUGGGGAGACUGGCUUAGUUCAAAACGCAAGAAAUAAGACUUGUAGUGCUGCUUGCUUUUUUUUUUUUUGCAUUAGAAUAAAUACAAACAAAGACCCUGGGAGCCAUGGUUUGCUGGUCAUACUGUGGUCUGGCUAUAGACAACUAAAAUCUGGACAUUGUCCUGAGGCUUAAACUCCUGUGAUGAUUCAAAUCAUGUGUAACCAAAGGGAUUUUGACUUUUUGCAGAAUACUAGAACAAUGGUAUUGCUAAACACAGCAUGUAAGGGUUCAGCUUUGAAUACCUGGUUGGGAGCCAGAAGCUUCCAUCUGAUAAUGAUGGAUCUGGCUUCUGAAGCCGAAGGCAGUUUGCUUACUUCGUCUUCCCACCAUUUUCAAUGUAAAGGAUGGAUGACCUCUGGAAGACACUGGGAAGCACAGUUCAUGAACAGGGCAGAGGGGUUAGCCAGCAGCUGUCUGGCUUUAAGCUCCAACCUGGGGUCUAUGAACUUGAAUUCUCAUGCUAAUUUCAGCAGUUAAAUUCAAAGUCCUUUAACUUAGGUGGUUUUUCUGUAAGGAACUCCUGCUUGGGUGCAGUGUAAGCACUAACUUGUAAUGCACAGCAGAGGUGGAAAUACUUGCCUUGUAAGGUUGUGGGUCAGAAGACUUUUAUUUGGCCUGUCUGUAUUACUCUCCUAAUCAUUAAUGUAGUAUCAUGAUGCUUUUGUGUUAAAUUUGUUACAGGUUUUUUUUUUCUAAUACCAUUAAAACCUUUUUACCUUA